GUGUGUUUUGCAUCUGGAAGGGCAGAACCAUGGCUGUGUAUAUCCGGAAGCAUCCCCUGGAGAUUCCUCCGCCAUCUGAAAAGGACUGGCUAAAGGAAAACGAGGAAGAUUUCUUCCUGCAGGAUCCCGAUCGAAAGCAUGAUGCGUUGCCUCAGCCCUUCAGGAUGAUCAACAAACUGGUGAUGCUGGUUUUUGAGAAUGCUAUGGAAAUCAUUGAAAGAAGGGAGAUGCUCCGAGAAGCGCAAAAACUAAAGGUCCAGCCCGCAAAAUGCUUUCCUACAGCUGAAUUCCAGGUAACUGGAAGAGCCAAUUGCCUUGCAGUGUCUGGAAAAUACGUCUUUGUUGGUCUGUCCGUGGGUCUGUAUGCAUUCAAGGUGUCUGACUGUAAGGAGGUCUGUGCGUGGGAUGCAGUCAAGACAGAGAUUUGUGCCAUCCAUGCUUCGGAUUUGGGGAGUGAGCGCCACAUCCUGCUUGCUGUGGAUGAAAUGGGGCUUGUCUGGCUCUUCUGCUUUCACAAGGAAAGCUUCCUACUCAUUAAAAUCCUAAAUGAAAUGGAGGAUAUCAGCAAGCGAAGUACUUGUGUGGAGGUGGUGCUGUCCCCAGGAGGUGAUUACGCAGGAGUCCUGCUGCAAGACAGCACAAAAGCCUGGCUGGAGAUCUACCGAUUGCCUAAGGAUUCCUGGCUGAAGGAGACGGAAAAGAACCCAGGAGCUGCAGCAGGGCUGGCUUGCAGGGAGAGGAGGUCAAGUUGGACAUCUGCGGUACAAACCAUCCCUGUGUCUGCAAACAAAGCUGAUGCAAAGCUGAGUCUCCCAGUGCUGCUGCUGAAAGUGAAGCCACCCAAACCCAUUACAGGCAGCAGUUUUAAAAGCCCUGUGGAUGCCUUGAAGAAAGUGGAUGAUGGCAGCAUGCUUGGCUUGGGGUACAAUCACCUAAUCAAGGACUCCCAGUGGGAGCAGCAGGAAGCAAUCUUCUGCAGCACUUAUCGGGAGUAUCUGGAGGCCGAGGGUGAGAGAGAGAGCAAGGAGGAGAUCCCCAGACGUGCUACUUUUCAUUUUCUCCUGCCUAGCCAGGUCCUACAGGUGGGACCUGAAAUGAAAGUACAGCCAGAUGUUGCAGCUGGCAUCAGUGUGCACUGGGAUGGAAGCCACAAUCUCUGCUUGUACUUACUUAACCGUCCACUCAAGGAGAAAUUGGAUUCUGAUCCAAAACCUGAUGUUGUGUGGCCAUGUGCAGCUCCAAUUGCAUGCUCGGCUGUCAGCUCCUGCUCCAGGUACCUGGCACUGGCAUGUGAAGAUGCAACAAUAACUAUUUGGGAUAAACACCUAGGAUACCCACUAUCUGUGACUGCCAUUCUAGAGGAACAUCUCAUCCGUAGUAUCCACUUCCUGCGGAGUUCUGCAGCUGCCAGCGAUGAGACACCUUGUUCUGGUACAGAUCCUGCCUGUCCCACUGUGCAGCUUCUAGUGCUAUGUACAGACAGCUCUUUCUAUUUGGUGAAAGCACCCGGGGCCGGGAAGUCCAGCAUCACGCUCCUGGCAGACAGGCCUGAAGAUCCAAAUCUUGCUGUCAGCGCGGUGGUGCCUGUCCUGGCAUUCCCCAGUGCAGUGAGUUUGCUGUUUCAGGCCCUGGUCUUCUCCUGGGAUGGCACAGUGUCCCUGAUGAACACAGCCACAUCACAGAUCGUUUACUGCUUCAGUACUCCACCUUCUCAUGCUGUAGCAUCCCCCUGGCAGCCAGUGUUCAUAGUGGAUAGUGUGAAUUGGUGCUUGCUGCUUCGAGGAGAUAAGCAGCAGCAGGCAGAUGCAAUGGCACAGAGCAGAGCCAGUCACAGCACCAUCUUCCUUUUUGACUUCAACUCCUACCCACUGAAGGAGGCUUUCCCAAAGGAACCAGAUUUGCCUCUGAAAUCCUUGCAGAACCUGCCAUGGAUUGAGAGAUGUAACAUUUUCUUACGUGAUAGGCAGCAGAGCCUGCUGGGACUCAGGGAGCAGUUGCCUGAGUACUGGAGUCGGCUGCAGGCACAAGCAGCUGCCAUGGACAAGGAGAGACAGAAAGUGAAGGGACAGAAGAAGCCGUAGUCAGCCUUGCAUCCUGAGGGCCAGGCUCUGCACUAUCACAAUCCUGCAGACCCAUGAUCCAGCACUGAUAUUUUGACAGCAAAUCUAUUCAAAUCUAUCCUGCUGCUUUCCAGCCUGGGGCAAUUUGUCAUCCGAAAUAGCUGCUUGCCUGCCACUGCUCAGCCACAAGGAUCUGCGCCCUGCCUCUCUCCCUACCUAAUGCUCAGCCUGUUCCAGCAGGGUUUAGCCGCUCCUCAUCAGAGACAAACACUGCUGAUGGAAGAGUCUUGAGGCAGGAAAGGCCUCUCACCGAGGUCACGGGUCCAACACCUGUGUGGUUCAGCUAAGUAUUUGUGCUGGAUAUCUGAGUCCUCUCAGAGACCUGGA